ACCGAUUCGACGCUACCGAUACCAGUCCAUAAAUCAAUUUAUUACUCCAAACUCUACAAAGGCAAACAUUUGACGACUCUUCCAGAUUUUUCGACGAAGAAUCCCCGUUGUAAGAAAAAAGGAAAGGUGAACGAUACCGAUUCUGUAUUGAAAUCGUCAAAGCACCACAGCAUUGACUUUUGGACCGUAAUGGGACACCCUAUGUAUACCUCACGGGAGUCGUAUGUACCAUCGGUUAUCCACACCUGUUUGUAGAAAGUCCCCGACGAUCCAUACUUCUGGAAAGAUCAAUCGCUUCGCAUCGAGUCGCUGGUCUACGCGAGGCGCGAAAAAUGUUUGCGGCGCGACCGACGCGAGCGGCAGAGUGUAAAAUCGUGCAUGUCCCGUAUACGCAGCGGCACCUAACAGGGCAGUAUUUGUAACAGAUUGGGAAACGCAGUAAGAAGGGUCCGCCAGCGGAACACCUGUGGCUGAAUAAUCGACGUCGAUAAAAUUAAAUUUGAAUCUCCAUAGGUGCUCCGAAUCGAUUGCGAGUCGCGAGCAUUUUUCAAUCGGCGGAAUAGAGUAAUAAUAGCUUGGAGCGCGGGAUCGUUUCUUCGUUCUAAAUUACAGUGGAGGAAGAAUGAGGAAAAGAGAGGGAGCAGCAGAAAAACCGAAGAGCCCGUAAGAGAUAACAAUGGGCCAUUUGUUGGAUGGGCCCAUCCCUCGACACGCUGGCCACAAUGGACACUAUUAUCAACUAUUCAUUGAGAGCUCCGUUAAACCUGUUGCUCGAUGGAAACAGAACAGCCCCCGUAAUCCCUUGGGAGUCCCAACGGUGUGACCUUUAAAAAUAAAGAUAUCGCCUGCGAGCAUUCACGACUCGGCGUGCAGUGAAAUCCUCGAUUUAGCGGACUGAUUGGCAGCAGGGUCUGUUCGUUAAGCUCCGAUAUCUGUGAAAUAGUGUCUAUGCGAGAUCUAAAGUCUGUUAACGUCCUAUGUCUAUCUACGAUGUUCCAGUUUUGUAAUGUAUUAUUAGAAGAGGUUGGUUUACUUUUGCACCGGCAUAUAAAAAAAAAAAGCGUCGAUAAUUAAAAAAUUGGAUAUUUGUAGAAAGGGGAAGCGCGAUAGCCCUGCGCCCUUCACUUCUCCGUCUAGGUGCGCUACUGCUCUCAGUCAUGUAGGUCCGCGAACGUGUGUACUUCGUUUGUCCGAGUCGACUGAACUUCCACACGCCUUCUUCCGAGUAGCCGAACUACUUAAGACGAGUCUGGGACACCGAUAAGUCAAUGACAGAGCUCGAUGUCAAGCCCCCGAGCAAAGUCCAAACUGCAACCGUGUAUUCUCCUUGCCGAAUGCAAAGACAGACUGCGGAGUCUCGAACGUCAGUGGGGAGAGGGGAAGGCGACGAAGUGAUGGUGGAGGAGUAGCCGGAGGAGAAGGAGAAGGGUAGGGGGAGGGGAAUAGAAGACGAAGUACGAAAGAGAAUGAAAGAAGAAACAAGGAGGAGGACCCCGGGCCCAAAGACGUUUAAAAACUGGUUCCUUCCACCGAUCUUUCUUUUCACCUUAUUUGCUAAUCCGAAUUCUGAUUUCCAUAUAUCCGCGUAUACGAUAUUCGAAGUCCCGAAGGUAGAUCGGUAUCGGCCGCGCCGUCCUGUAAAAUAUGUCGACGGGGCCCGUCUCCGAUAUGCCAGAAGAUAAAUCUGCCAGAUGUUUAUCAAGAACGAAGCGUGUCUUUAAUAAAAUCAUCCGCGGGUAACUCGCGAAUGUACCGAAGAAUUUCGAGACACGGGGAAUCGGUGACACACCAAGAGGAGGAAGUGCUAUUCCAUCGCACCCCCUCGUUCGCUACAAGUGUGCCACUGCGAGGAAUUAUCCCACGGGCGAUUACAUCCGGAUCGAUUUCACUUCGCCAACACAGAGGAUGUAAAAGUGAAAGUCACUAAAAGGGCGAUCGAUCGUCACUCGUGGGAGAGUAGGACGGAAGGAGAUAUCGACACUCGGAAUCGUUGUGCACGCACCCUUAUCCCCAGAACGUAUCGGGACCCCUUAAGAAGAUAGAGAUCUCGUUCGCGGUCUCACGGGCAAGAACACGGGCUGCUGGAUGCUGGUGCAGCAGCAGCAGCAAGCAGCAGGCCUUUUCUCAUUGAGUCUGGCAGUCAGUCAGUCAGUUUGCCGCAGCGACGCGGCCCGUACGCACGUGUGUAUGCGCGUCUUGUUGACCGUACGUCGCGCGACCCCGUGGGGCUGGCUGCAUUAUCGACGGAGCGUGGACUGUACGCGACCACGAGUGAGCGGAGCAUCGGCAAUUGGUCGUCGGUCAACCGGUCGUUGGUUCGAUCGCGAGUUGAUCCCCACUGAACCAUCGGCGGCCGCAUCUCGGGUCUCUCUGCCCGGUUGUGUCAGCUCGUUAGAUUGCGUGCGUGAGAACGUGCCCGUUCGUCUCGAGCUUCUCGCCGUGAAAUCCCGAAUUUCACGCGUCGAAUCGCGGCGUGUUCCUCGAUCUCCUCUCUUCUGCACGUCCGCUCUCGUACGCUCACAGCAACGAAAGAGGAGGCACCAACACAGAGAGACACACGCACACGCGUAUACGUCGGGCCGACAAGCCGCAAGCAGGAUUUCGCGCGCGCGAGCGUGAGAGGGAGAGAGAGUGAGAGAGAGAGAGAGAGAGAGAGAGAGAGAUUUACGUAGGCCACAAGGGGGACUAGUCAUAAACCGUGCAACACCUGGCGGCACGUCGUUAAUUAUGCAGUGGGCCGCAGCCGCCCUGGCCUCGGCGGCGAUCGCUCUGCUCCUGGACACGGCGGCCGCGAGGCAUCACCAUCGCUCCGGCAAUGGGCACAAACCGACCGGUGACAUCUCCCUCUGGAUCGACCAGCAACAGAUUAAAAUGUUCAGCGGAGUCGAAAUGGAAAUAUUCGCGAUUACCGAAGGCAGGGUGUUGUCUUAUCUGCUGGAUCCCGAAUUCGAGAGCAAACUGCCGAUCAUCCCGAGUGAGGUCACAUACGUAAAUUUUACAUGGAAAUCAGGCGUCAAGAAGUACUACUAUAAUUUUUAUCGACUGAAAUCGUUCGACGAGUCGAUCCUUAAAACUCCGUCUAUCACGAUCAAAACGCAAGGAAGAGUGCCCAAGAGACCGAAAGAAUUCAGCGUCUUAUUGCCCUGUUCUGGUAACAACUCCGGUAUAGCGCAAUUGGGCAUCGGUCUGAUGAUCGAGACACGCAAGGGGAAACCUUUAAACGGGACACCCCUUCGUCUUAACCUGAGAAAAGAAUGCACCGUGCGCGAGCCGAAUCCUGGACCUUGUCCAGAUGGAUAUUUAGGACCACCAAAAUGCAAAAAAGCUCUGUGUUAUCCAAAUUGUAUGAACGGUGGCAAUUGUACAGCCCCUGGUAUCUGUUCCUGUCCACCGGGAUUUCAAGGGCCGUACUGCGAAGGAGGGAUUUGCGCAGAGAAAUGUUUAAAUGGUGGCAAAUGUGUACAGAAAGAUACCUGUGAAUGUCCAAAAGGUUACUUUGGACUACGCUGUGAAUUCUCAAAAUGUGUAAUACCCUGUUUGAAUGGGGGAAAGUGCAAAGGCAACAAUGUAUGCAGAUGCCCUGCUGGUUUCAAGGGUGAUCAUUGCGAAAUUGGUAGACGAUCGCCGCAACGUUCGGCUUGCACGAGAGUAUGCAGGAACGGAACUUGUCAACCCGAUAAUACGUGUCUUUGCGAGCCUGGUUGGUUUGGAAAAUUGUGCAACAAAAAUAAGCCAUGGGCUUGAAAGUAGGAGGAUAUUUUUCACUGUGGUAUUCGGACUAUAAUCAAUUGGAUUAAUGCGAUAAAAGUUCUUAUCUCCAUUUAGAAGCUCGAGACUUUUCUGCAGACCUCGCAAUUAAUUUAAAAAAUUCCAGUUCAGUGACUGAAAUAUUAUUCCCAUGAAGAGAAGCAUUUUAAAAUCCAAUUGGUUAGUACCACUCGAAACUAACGUGUAUAGUUAGUAAUUUACCCUACCCCAGAUGUGAUAUGUAAAGCUGCUUUACAACAUUUUAUACUAUUAAAUAUUAUUUUUAAUAAUAUACUUUUAUAUUGUUAGAUUUAUUGUAAUGAUUGUAAAAAAAAAUAAAAUGUAUUUUCUCCCUUAAAAUUAUAGUACUAAAAAUACAGUGGCGCAUUGUGACUUUGUGGAACUCAAGGUAAAGAUGGAAGAUGAAGGCAUCAUCUUUAUGUUCGAUCUCGUUUUAUUAUGGCAAAAAAAAAAAAACAAAAAAAAAACACAAGUUACAAAAGAGAAAUAUGUAGCCUGGAGUAAUUGAAAAUCCAGUAAGUAGUCUAAUUACUUGGACUUUGAGUUUCUUGAACUAAGAAGUUGUGUAUUAGUUUUUAGAACUUUGCGUAUAAGAUAAUGAGCCUGUAUUGCAAUUUGAUGCAACGAUUACGACGUCAUUGCCGAUCACUUUUGUGUUUAUUAGGAAAAAGUGUCAAAUUUUUGUAAGAUUUCAUAAAACAGAGGAAUAUGAUAAAAGGAACGACACUAAAUGAUACGGAUCAAUGAAAUAUUC